AGUUUCAGCUGGCUGUCCAACUAUCCCUAGUUUCCGUCUUUCAACGUGCUGUGGUGUUUUCUUCUUCCUUCGAUCGGCCUAGCUAUCUUUCUCAAAAACAUGUCGUCGGGUAAUCCUAGUCCGUCGCCUUUCGAUGUACCAUUUGAUGAGCUGCCGAACCCAAAGCAAGUAUGGGUUGGCAAGCCAGGAAGCCGCGAAGAAGGAUUAGGAAAACUUGCGAUCUUGACCCCCGAGGUGGUGGCCAAUGCUGCUGCCACUGAAAUCAAGACCGGGCGACGGGUGACGAUGGGCUGGGAACUGACCAAGUUGGAUUAUCCUAAUCUGAACCGUCAACCAUGCCACCAUCAGAUCAUUCCGCUUUUGGGCGGUGUGGCUUUCGACGAUGUCUAUACCAUGAAUCCUCAACAAAGUAGCCAGUGGGAUGGUCUGCGGCAUUUUUCGCAGACGGUUGAGGGCCAAACCGAGCGUGUGUUCUAUGGUGGCGCAACCGUCAAGGAAAUCAAUGAUCGAACGAACAAUCGGAUCGGCUUGCAGCAUUGGGCCAAAGAAGGGAUUGCUGGUCGCGGGGUAUUGAUCGAUUAUGCCACAUGGGCAGAAAAGAGGGGAAUCAGAUACAGCACAUUUUCGACACAUCAAAUCCGGCUUUCAGAUAUCCAGGAAAUUGCCAAGGAAUGUGGCAUUACUUUUCAAAAGGGCGAUAUACUUUUCGUUCGCAUUGGAGUGACGAAGGAAUGGGAUACCGCCAUGACAGAUGACCAGAAGCGGCAAUACUCGGACAAUCCGAGCCCGGAGCAUGCAGGUGUCGAGGCAACUACAGAUGUGCUGCGAUGGCUUUGGGAUACCGGGUUCGCCGCGAUUGCCAGCGAUGCAAUUAGUUGGGAGGUUUACCCACCCCAGUCGCCUGAUUUGUUCCUGCAUGAGUAUGUACUUGCGGGUUGGGGUAUGCCAAUCGGAGAGCUGUUUGAUCUAGAAGCACUGUCUCAAAUUUGCCAAGAUCUACAGCGCUGGUCUUUCUUUGUGGCAUCUAUCCCCCUGAACAUGCCCGGAGGGGUAUCCUCACCCCCCAAUAUCAUGGCUAUUUUCUAAGCCGGAUCUACCGACAGCGCUUUAGUUUGGGGCCAAACCGCUUGUACACGACAGCCACAGACGCUAA